AUGUUCUCUCCCACCUGGAUCGUUUCGUCUUUGGCUCUUUGUGCCGCCGUCACCAUGGCCGCGGAAACCUCGACCGCCGCUGGCGUCGAGGCCAAGCCAGCCGACGUGAAAGACGCACCAGCUGGUGCCCACUAUGGCGGUGGAUACGGUAACCCAUCCUACAGCCAGCCACAGUAUCCAGUCUACCAAUUCCCAAACUUUGAUGUCAACUAUUGCUCAGUCCACGCCUCCUUCCCACUUGUCGGACUUAGAAAGAACCGCCACCACGGAAGAGGAGACCGCUACAAGAGACAAACCUAUGGUGGACCAGCUCAGGAUUCUGGAGCCAACUAUGGAGGGCAAACCUUCGACGCCCCAGCCACCUCCUACAACGCCCCAUCCUAUGGUCCAUCGUACGUUCAGAGACCGCGCCCAUUCGAGCGUCAGGGAUGCAGAAACACCGCCAUUUUCAAUCAGGACUCGUGCCAGAACUGCUGCACCAUCUCGUCUCGUGCCUCUGGAAACACUGCUCCAGUCGUCGGAAUCCUGAUGAUGUUUGAUCCAAAGCUCUCGGCUGAUAAGAAGCAUCACAAGAAGGACGACGACAUCAACUCGCCAGACCGUGCCAUCCAAUGCGUCUGCUGCACUUCCAGAAGAGUCUAA